AUGAAUUUCAAAGACCUGCAAUUCUCUCUCGGCAAACUCACCAAUGAGGCCUAUUCUCACUUGGCACGCAAAAACCCCUUACAAAAACAAGACACCAAGACGCUUUCCCAGUGGAUUUUCGAAGAACGUAAUGAGUUGUAUGUCAUGCGUAUGCUUGCCUACCAUCACUCGGAGACCAACAAGGCUAUGGAGGCUUGGAUCAGAGAAGAGUGUUCAGGCGAAAAGGCAAAGGAAAACAAGGACUUGGAGGAUAUUGGGAACAAGCUUCUUAUCUUGUUGCGUAAGCAAACAGAGAUCGAAGAAGCGUAUGCAGCAAAAUACCAGCAAUAUCGACGCGCUAUCAAAGCUAUUCGUGAACGUGAGGAUCGUUUGACUGAUAUUCGUGAGAAGAAACGGGCCUUGCAAGGACGUAUUGGUACGCUGAAUCGAUCCAAUUCCAAAUCACCCAAGCUGCGUGAAUUCACCCGGGAACUCAAGUCAUUGGAAAAGGACACGCAUGAUAUUGAGAUGGAGAUGAGCGAUUUCAAGCGAUUCGCUUUGCGUGAAGCGUUCUAUUUACGAUUCAAUGCCAUGCAUGAAAUGGCCGAGAAGCAAGCUAUCAUUGCUGGAUUUGGCAAAUACAUUGUGGAUCUUGUGGAUAUUGAACCUACACCAGCAGGAGAAGAACAUCGACGUCCUUACGACAAGGGUCAACAAGCUGCACAAAUUUUGGCGGAUGCGUUGAUGGCAUUGGAAACAUGGGAGCCUGCUGAAGGCUUGGAAAGACCUACUUUGGCAGAAGGAUUGGCUACAACAGGAGAUGAAAGUUCGAUAUCAUUGCCACCUCAUGGCGAAGAUGAAGGAGGAGCAUCAUCAUCAUCAUCUGCUGCAGCUGCAGCUGCAGGAGGAUUAGCAACAACAACAGCAGCAUCAUCAUCAUCACCGGCACCUGAAUUACCACCACGAGAAAACAAUAGCAAGGCUGCUGAAGCUGCAUCCGAAAGAGCAGCAGCUAUUGGUGCUACGACCGGUGACUUGAAGACGGGUGAUGAAAAGGACAUUGAUUAUGAUCAAUUGGAUCUUUAUGGACCUCCACCUGCUUACACGGCUACUGAAGAGGAUGUACCUUAUUCACCAAUGAACUCCGAUGAACCACCAGUGAUUGAUCCGACGAUUGCCAACAAACACCCUUUGGCUCAUGAUCGACCUCAUACACCCGUUACUUUGACUGAUAAUGCAUCUCCAGCUCCCGAACAACAACAACCAGAGGAUGAAACGCCUUCAGCACCUGUCAUGGAAACGCGUCCUAGUCAAGAUAAAUAUUUGGAUGAAUCCGAAGAAGAAAACGCACAACAGCUUCAACCACCCUCUCGAGCAAGCAGCGUUCCACAACAUGUGCUUGGACUUGCUUAUAGUCAAUCACCCCAACCUGUGCAUCAAGAACUUCAACAACAACAACAACAACCUUCAGGCUACGGGUCUCCACAACAACAACAACCAUCCAUGAGUCAACCUGCAGGUCCCUGGAGAUAUCCAACAGGCUCAAUGUAUUCACAAGCAUCAACAGCACCCAACUAUUAUCAACACAAUUAUUCCCAGCUUUAUCGCCAAGUAUCUCGACAUCAACGUCAAGCACCUCCUCAAAUUCCAUAUGCUCAAUUCCAACAACAAUAUCAACAACGACAACGUGUGGAUGCCGGUGGAUUCCGUAUUCCUCCUCCUCCUCAACCCACGAGUACAUCUUCUUCCUCACGAUAUCCCACAGCCGAUGAAGAAAAGCAGUCCCUUGCUCAACGAUACAAUAGCACUCAAUAG